UUGCUUUUUUCCUCCUUAACACACAAAAAUAACAACCAUGAAGCUUGAAGUUGACAUUAUCUCAGAAGAGUUAAUCAAACCUUCUACCCCAACUCCUCCCCAUCUCCGCCGUUAUCCUCUCUCGCUCAUCGAUCAAAUCACUGUCCACAUUUACGCACCCACCCUCUACUUCUACCGAUCCACCGACAGCGGCAGCGGCGGCGAAGAUCUCGACUUCGCUCUCGCCUUCAAAAACCGCCUUCGGAGCACUCUCCCGGACGUCCUCUCUCACUACCCACAACUCGCCGGCCGUCCAAACUACGCGUCUUCCUUCAUCAACUGCAACGACGCCGGCGUCCCAUUCCGGGAAGCCCGAGUCAACUCGCAACUCGCCGACGUGGUCCAAUUCGCCCAGCCGGACGAUCUGAACCGGCUAUUCCCGGUCGAGUUGGACCGGUUCAAUGAAGAAUUAAUGGCGGUUCAGUUCACGGAAUUCGCGUGCGGUGGAGUGGCGGUUGCGUCAUGUAUUUCGCACAAAAUAGCCGACGCGAUGACGCUUUUUUCGUUGAACAAUAACUGGGCCGCUAUGGCUCGUGGCGUGAAAGACGUUUUCAAACCCCACAUGGAAGGCGCUAAAAUUUUUCCGGCCAAAACGAUGUCGUACGAUACGGCAAUGACGCUCGUAAGAAACAGAGUCGCGAGAAGAUUUGUUUUCGAGCAAUCGAAAUUGGAAGCCAUUAGAGCCAAAUACGCAGAAAAUCAAGCUACGAUAAACCAGAUCCGACCUUCACGAAUUGAAUCCUUGUCAGCUUUUGUUUACAGUCGAUUCAUCGCAGCUCUUAAACACGGUUCUGCAAUGUCAAACGACGUGUCGUUUCUUAUAAACUACACAGUAAAUCUCCGUCCAAAAAUGAAUCCUCCACUUCCACAUGAUGCCUUCGGGAAUUACUACUUCAACGUGAUGAUCUUCCCUUCCCCGGAAAUGCUCAACACCGACGAAAAUUGCUACGGUUUGGUUAAGCAACUCAGAGAAGAAACAAACAAAAUCAACGGGGAAAUGGCGAAGAAAUUUCUGAACGAAAAUAAGGAUUUGAUGGAAACUGUGAAGGAUUUUGCUUCGAAAGUGGUUAAUGGAGAGAUAAUCUCAUGUGCUUUUAGUAGUACUUGUAGACUGCCGCUUUAUGACGUCGAUUUCGGGUGGGGGCGGCCGGUUUGGGUAACUUUUCCGGGGCUGUGGUUCAAGAAUCUGGUGGCGUUUUUGGAAUCGAAAGAUGGAGAUGGGAUUGAUGCAAUUGUUCACCUGGAAGAACAAUACAUGAAUAAGCUUGAAGCCGAUGAAGUGUUCUUGAAAUAUGCUGCUACUAUUCCUACCCCUUCUUCUCCACUCGCCUGAAAAAUCAAAACCCAUCCAUUAUUACUCUAUUUUCUUUGUGGUUUGUGCUUGUCUUUCUUGUUUAAUUAUGUUGAAUCUUUGUUUUGUGAACUGCUGUAUGUUAUUUGUAUUUUCCUCUAUAUAUGUGUGUGUUUAAGUGUGUUUGUAACGUUUUAUUAGUAAAGAAAAUAUAAAAUUACA